CUACUUUUGUUUUCUGAUUGUACGACAUUAGAAUGCAAAGAGUGCACGCACUACAUGUGUUCAUGUACUUUUUUUCUUGUUUUGUUAUGACUCAUAAUAAAUAUGGUAUUGUACUACAUUUGUUCGUGCGAUCCUACUUUUGAGAUUUAUUGAUUCAUAUAUAUAUUUAUCAUUCAACUUUCAGAGUUCUCUUGUGGGUUUGUUAGAUUCUUAUCUCACCUCCUUUAAAUUUCUUUUCUGCAAUUCAUCACUCUCUUUGUUCAUUGCCACAAAGAUUGAUUCACUUAUUGGAAAAAGAGGAUUUGCUGAUUCAAAUGGGAAAUAUAAACAAUGAAGAAAUAGAACUCAGAGAGAUUGAGAAUUUAGAGAGAGAUGACAUUGAAAAGGUUGGAGGAGUUGAGGUAGAAGAUGCAACUACAAUAGCACCAUGGAGAAAACAGAUCACAAUUAGAGGACUAAUAGCUAGCAUACUUAUUGGCUUAAUGUAUAGUGUAAUUGUGAUGAAACUGAACCUCACAACUGGACUAGUCCCUAAUCUCAAUGUAUCAGUUGCACUCCUUGGCUUUGUUUUCAUUAAAUCUUGGACUAAGAUUCUUGAGAAAGCAAAUAUUGUUUCAAAACCUUUCACUAGACAGGAAAAUACCAUAAUUCAGACUUGUGCUGUUGCAUGCUACAGUGCAUCUUUUGGAGGUGGUUUUGGAUCAUACCUUUUGGGUUUGAAUAGGAAGACAUAUGAGCGAGUUGGAGGGAUUAAUACACCAGGGAAUACUCCUGACACCAAGGAGCCUGGAAUUGGUUGGAUGACAGGCUUUCUCUUUGUUACUUACUUUGUUGGGCUAUCAGCUUUAAUUCCCUUUAGAAAGAUGAUGAUAAUAGACGCCAAAUUAGCUUAUCCAAGUGGAACUGCUACAGGUGUUCUUAUUAAUGGAUUCCAUACUCCUAAAGGAAAUGUCAUGGCCAAGAAGCAGGUUAAAGGUUUCACUAGUUUCUUCUCAUUCAGUUUGCUUUGGUCUUUCUUCCAAUGGUUCUAUGCUGGUGGAGACCUAUGUGGAUUUUCUCAGUUUCCUACUUUUGGAUUGCAAGCAUGGAAAAACACGUUUUAUUUUUAUUUCAGCUUGACUUAUGUUGGAGCAGGAAUGAUUUGUUCUCAUCUUGUCAAUUUAUCAUUGCUUUUUGGUGCUGUGGUUUCAUGGGGCAUUAUGUGGCCAUUGAUCAGAGUACUAAAAGGAAAUUGGUUUCCUGAAAGUUUACCAGAAAGUAGCAUGAAGAGUCUUAAUGGUUAUAAGGUUUUUAUUUCCAUUGCCUUAAUCCUUGGUGAUGGACUCUACAAUUUUGUUAAAAUUAUAUAUUUUAGUGCCUUAAAUUUUCAUGACUGCAUGAAAAAGAGGAAUCACGAUACAGAAAAUAACCAGAACCAACCUCUAGACAGUAUUAUACGCGACGAAUUGUUUGUUAGAGAGAGCAUUCCUAUAUGGUUAGCAUGUGUAGGCUAUGGAGUAUUCACCAUAAUUUCCAUCAUUGUUAUCCCUUUCAUAUUCCCACAAGUGAAGUGGUACUUUGUGGUAGUUGCUUAUCUCCUUGCACCAGUACUUGGCUUCUGCAAUGCUUAUGGUGCAGGCUUAACUGACAUGAACAUGGCCUAUAAUUAUGGAAAAGUUGCACUUUUCAUUCUUGCAGCCUUAGGAGGUAAAAGUGAUGGUGUUGUUGCUGGACUUGUAGCAUGUGGACUUAUAAAAUCUCUUGCUUCAACUUCAUCUGAUUUAAUGCAAGAUUUUAAGACUGGUCAUCUAACUUUUACUUCGCCGAGAUCGAUGCUUGUAAUGCAAGCUGUCGGUACAGCAAUAGGUUGUGCUGUAGCUCCACUCUCAUUCUUUAUUUUUUACCAUUCUUAUGAUGUUGGAAACCCUAAUGGCGAAUACAAAGCACCAUAUGCUAUCAUCUAUAGAAAUAUGGCAAUUCUUGGUGUUGAAGGCUUUUCUGCACUACCAAAUCACUGCUUACAAUUCUGUUAUGGGUUUUUUGCAUUUGCUGUGUUGGCUAACUUGAUGAGAGAUUUGAGCCCAAAAAAUAUUGGGAAAUGGGUCCCACUUCCAAUGGCAAUGGCUGUGCCUUUUGUGGUUGGUGCUUACUUUGCAAUUGACAUGUGUGUUGGUAGUUUGAUAGUGUUUAUUUGGAGCAUGAAGAAAAGAAAUGAAGCAAGUUUGAUGGUUCCAGCCGUUGCUUCUGGUUUGAUUUGUGGAGAUGGGAUUUGGGUUCUUCCUUCAGCUUUUCUUGCUUGGUUCAAGGUUAAUCCACCAAUUUGUAUGAGCUUUUCUGCAAAUAAGUAGAAGUUCCCUAGAAGAUCUUUAGAGGAAAUAGGUGUAGAAGUUAGGGGUAGUUCAUAAAGAUUAGUCAAAGGAGAAUCUAGAUGUCACUUUAAAUGCCUUGGACAAUUAGUGCCAAAAUGUUUUGUAUUUGAGAGUGAAUUGGUGUAAAUAGUUUUUUUUUCUUUCUUUCCCGGCAAUUUUAUAUUAUUAUUUUAAGUUUAUUCUUAA